GAAUGUCAUAUAAUGUGAAAAUGAAAAUUUAGCUCAGUGUAGAUUUAUAUUAAAUGAUUUGUUGCGGAGUUUCGAUAAUGUAUAAUGAUGUAUAAACUUAUAAAAUGAGUCAAUUUCGCAAAUCUCGGCGUAGUAUGAGUGACAUAAAAAAUGAAUCCUUGUUUAAUAUGGUAGAAAUCAAGUCAGAACCUGAUGGUUUACUAAACUCUUCGCAUCUAAUGCAUAAAUCAGUAUUUCGGAAAGCAGACAGAAUAGGAAGAAUAUACACAAAAUCACGAGCAGUUCAAGUUGAGCCAGACGAUGUUGACAGUAACGACACCACCAGUUUCAACGUGACAAAUUUGUCCGGUGAUAACAAACCGAUUGAUCCUUUCUGUGAUCAAACCGUCGUACCGCAAUGCAGAAUUUGCUUGCGCAGAGUUUCACGGGCAAAUCUAAAAAUAAUUCUUGCCAAGUAUAAGCCUAAAACAUUGGCAGCUUUAAAAUUAAAAGUCUUUCCAGGAGAUGCAUAUCCGUUCGCAUGCUGCAAUUGUUUAAACCUGAUUGAUAUUAUGUUGGACUUCAAAAAUGCUGUGUUGAAAGCAAAAUAUCUGUUGCUAGAGGAACGGAUGUUCUUGGAAAGUGAAGAAUGGGAUGAUUCAGAAAGUAUGAACGCCGUUGUCAAAUGUAGAUCCUUAGUGGAGAAGCAUAAAAAUCAAAUCGAUUCCAUAUAUGAGAAAACUGUGAAGCGAAAACGAUACCGUGCAAUAGAAGACAGCCCUCACGAUGGUGACGGAAAAGGUUUAUCUUACGAACACAGCAUUAUGUCGGAUGAUCAGGAACGAAACGUUAAUAUCGAAACUGUGAUCGUUGAGGCAGUCAAAGCGGAACCAAUUGCUGAAAUGACAGAAGUAGAAGAUCUUAAAAUUUACUCCUCAGGUGACGAAAGUCUACAUACAGAUUGCGAACCAACAGAUUCGCAUGAUGGAGGGUUCAAAUUGGUAUUAAAAACAUCAAAAACAUACAGGAAUUCUAAAAACAAAGAAAAACGAUCAGAUCAUGUUCCUCGUGGUGAACUAUGUGACCUAUGUGGGCAGCGAGUUUGUGCUCAGGCUUCUGAAUCACAUAAAAAUCGUCAUUUAGGAAUCAAGCCAUACACAUGUCCAUCAGAAGGCUGCGAAUUGACUUUUUAUAGCAGAGAAAAUCAGAUAUCGCACGUCAAGCGAAUUCAUGGCGAAAAUGGAGUACCGGUACAUAAAUGUGACAUAUGUGGCCGAUACAUACGAGGUGCUUUAAAAGUAAUCAACUACCAUAAGCGGAAACAUGAUCAAAAGAAAGAGCAUGUAUGUCAGUUUUGUGGGAAAGGAUUUACCAUGCGGCAGUAUCUGAAACAGCACGUCACCGUAGUUCAUACUGAAGUAUUUCCGCACGAAUGUAGAUACUGUGGCAAAAAAUUUAAAUUAAAAUGGAGCAUGCUAGCGCAUGAAAGAAAUGUACAUGAAAAGAAAGUUUCAACGGCAUCGGCCCAGCCUUUCAGUUACGAACUAUCGCAAAAUAAUAGUGAUGGUUAUGCUUGAAAUGUUUGAAUUUUCGAAUGUCUGCCUGAACUGCAUCGGAAUAAGUGUAUUAAUACUGUCAAAUUCAAAAUAUGCAACACUUAAAACAUCUCAACGAAAACCGAAAACAAAAAACCAUGGUAAAUCGAUGUUUAAUCGAAAUCACUGCAAUUAAAUUCUACUAAUCCGUGUUUACCGAAA